AUGGCCGAUACGUCUUCCAACCGGCAAAACGUGGAAAUCGAUGAGAAAGAAGUCCCUCAACAAUUGGACUACCAACAAGAUGGUGGCAAGGUUAGCAUGGCUGCGCCAAUGGACAAAGCGGAACAGCGUUUGGUUUGGAAACUCGACCUGUUGAUUAUGCCCAUCACGUUCAUUCUUUAUUUGCUUGCUUAUCUUGACAGGAGCAAUCUAGGGAACGCCAAACUACAAGGGUUGGAGUCCACGUUGAUGCCCAAUGACGAAUCCGGGAAUCAGUUUGCAUUAUUGUCUGCGAUGUUCUAUAUCGCUUAUCUCUGUUGGCAAAUUCCCUUAACUUUGACUGCAAAGCGAUUCCCUCCAAAUAUCGUCAUCGGUGUUGUCACCAUUGCUUGGGGAGCCGCAUCUUCCCUUCAGGCGGUUGCCUUUAAUUAUGCGGGGGUUACCACGGCACGAUACUUUUUGGGAUUAUUUGAAGCCGGAUUUGGCCCUGUGAUUCCGUUCUACUAUUCCCUCUUCUACCUCAAGUCCGAGCAUGGCUUCCGCACUUCAUUCUUUAUCAGCGCGGCACCAUUAGCCGGCGCAUUCGGAGGACUUAUCGCUUAUGGUGUCCAGCACAUUCAUUCUCACAUUGCCACAUGGAGGAUUCUCUUCUUAAUUGAAGGUUUGCCUACCAUCCUCGUUGGUAUAAUCGUACUUUUGUUGCUACCAUCUCGCCCCGAGACCACCAAAUGGCUUACUGAAGAUGAGAGAAAACUUGCUCAGCGCCGCCUUAACCGUGAGGUCGCAUCUGAAGGGCGCUCAAUUAACUGGAAGCACGUAAUCAUGAGCUUCACCGACUAUAAGGCUUGGAUGAUCUGCCUCAUGUAUCAAUCUCUCAACGUUGCCCUUUCGUCCAUUUCGGUAUUCCUGCCUACGAUCGUCAAGACGCUUGGGUAUACAAACGCAAAGGCACAACUCAUGACGGUUCCGCCUUAUGCUUGUGCAGGUGUAGUUAUGCUGGUUGUUGCAAAGAUCAGUGACCGCGCCAAAGUUCGGGGUCCUUUUGUAGCUGCAGUACUCGUUUUGAGCGCCAUCGGAUAUACUAUUCUUUUGGCUGUGCCUACAACUGCCACCAAAGCUCGCUAUGGAGCUAUCUUCCUUGCUGUUUCUGGCACAUACAGUGGGAUUCCUCUCGCUAUGUCUUGGACCACUGGAAACGCUGGAUCUGAGACCCGCCGUGGUGUAAAUAUGGCCAUGCUGAACACUAUCGGUCAUAGUAUGGCCGUGUUGGGGUCCUACAUCUACCCGUCCCGAGAGGGGCCAGCCUACACACGAGGGUUCGCUAUCUGCUGUGGCUUCGCAUGGUGGGGAGCCUUCCUUGCCCUUGUGCUCUCGCUUUUGCUUCAUUUAGAGAACCGCCGUCGGGACCGCCGCGAGGGAAAGCCUAGCCAAGGCGAGACACCUAAUACUGCCAUUAAUGCAGAUAAAGCCGAGGGAUUCCGUUAUGUACUCUAG